ACUCAAGCAGCGCAGAGCAGAGCAGCCAACUGUCCUAACAAGCAAAAUAGACUCUCUCUCUCUCGAAUAAAAACCACAUGAUAAAUCAAUCAAAACGAAUCACUUCUGUGUCUCUCUAGAGAAUAGUUUUUUGUUUCGCUCUGCGCCUCUGUUUCACUGUUACUCUCCAUAACGAAAGCCGCAGCAGAACACAGAUACAGAGCUUAUACAAAUGGCGACUAUUAACCAUAUCUCUCCGAGAAUGUCCACCAAGGAUCCUAGCGUCUUAUCCUCAUCGAGGAACCUGAGCGAUGUUUCUCUUUUGGAUUCCACAAUUACUCGAACCAGAUGUUUCUCUCAAUUUCAAAAGCGAGUUUUUUCUGUUAGAUCCAUGGCGGUUACCGAGCAGAAUCCUCAGAAAGGGUCACUCGCUUCUGUAAAUGGUCCUUUGGCUACUACUUCUGACAAGGUGAACUCUCCUGUUGAGCUUUUGACUAGCAGCCAGAAUCUGGGACGUGAAAACAAAAAUUCAUAUGCUCAAAGAAAAACAAAAAUAGUUUGUACAAUUGGUCCUUCCACAAGCUCACGUGAAAUGAUAUGGAAACUAGCAGAAGUUGGAAUGAACGUGGCUCGCCUAAAUAUGUCACAUGGAGAUCAUGCAUCCCACCAGAAAACUAUCGAUCUGGUUAAAGAAUUUAAUGCUCAAUCUGAUGACAAGGUUAUUUCUAUAAUGCUAGACACCAAGGGUCCGGAGGUUAGAAGUGGGGAUGUACCUCAACCAAUUAUGCUGAAGGAGGGACAGGAAUUUAAUUUCACUAUCAGAAGAGGAGUCAGCACAGAGGACACUGUUAGUGUAAAUUAUGAUGACUUUGUGAAUGAUGUUGAGGUUGGGGACAUACUAUUGGUGGAUGGUGGAAUGAUGUCAUUAGCUGUGAAGUCAAAGACAAAGGAUUUGGUUAAAUGUGUAGUAGUUGAUGGUGGAGAACUAAAAUCCAGGCGGCAUUUAAAUGUGCGUGGAAAAAGUGCAAAUCUUCCUUCAAUUACAGAUAAAGACUGGGAAGAUAUCAAAUUUGGGGUGGACAACCAAGUUGAUUUCUAUGCUGUCUCCUUUGUGAAGGAUGCUAAAGUGGUCCAUGAAUUGAAAGAUUAUCUCAAAAGAAGCAAUGCUGACAUUCAUGUGAUUGUAAAAAUUGAAAGUGCUGACUCUAUACCAAAUCUUCAUUCAAUAAUUUCUGCAUCAGAUGGGGCAAUGGUUGCUCGUGGAGACCUUGGUGCUGAACUUCCAAUUGAGGAAGUUCCUUUAUUGCAGGAAGAUAUCAUUAGAAGGUGUCACAGCAUGCAGAAACCAGUGAUUGUAGCAACAAACAUGCUGGAAAGCAUGAUUAAUCAUCCUACACCAACAAGGGCUGAAGUUUCAGACAUAGCAAUUGCAGUACGUGAAGGUGCUGAUGCAGUCAUGCUUUCUGGAGAAACUGCCCAUGGAAAGUAUCCGCUGAAAGCUGUUAAAGUCAUGCAUACAGUAGCAUUGAGGACAGAGUCAAGUCUUCCAGUCAACAUAACACCUCCUGCUGAUGGUGCCUAUAAGGGCCAUAUGGGCGAAAUGUUUGCUUUCCAUGCCACAAUUAUGGCUAACACUCUCAAUACACCCAUCAUUGUCUUCACAAGAACAGGAUCAAUGGCUGUACUUCUAAGUCAUUAUCGACCUUCAUCAACAAUAUUUGCCUUCACAAAUGAAGAGAGGAUUAAGCAGAGACUGUCACUUUAUCGGGGUGUUAUGCCAAUAUAUAUGCAAUUCUCAAGUGAUGCAGAGGAGACCUUCUCCCGAGCCCUCACACUAUUACUGAACAAGGGUCUUUUGGUAGAAGGAGAGCACGUCACUCUUGUUCAGAGUGGAGCGCAGCCAAUCUGGCGUCAAGAAUCUACUCAUCACAUUCAAGUUCGCAAGGUCCAGAGCUGAUUUUGCACCAGCAAAGCUUUUUAUUGGACAGAUAUCCAAAUACAUUGAUGGACAUCAAGAUGAGCAUUACUGGGACUAUCAACUCCCAUCUGAUAGAUAUUUGAUUAAUGCCGGGAAAAUCUUCUUCGCUGAUAGAAAAUUUUCAUCCUCAUUUUCUUUCAUUAUUGAUAAGGUAUCACUAUCAGGAUCCUUUUUUCGUCUAUUUGGCGUUGGUUCGAAGUUGACAUCUCUAGAGACGUCGACUCUAAUACCUUUGAACUAAAACUUAAUUUUCUUUUGCAAUUCAAUAUUUGCAAGACAUAGUAGUGUUUUUGAUAGCCUUACCAGCCUAGUUGAUGGAUUCUUUUUAAUUAAGUAGAAAAAGUAAAUACAAAAGUUUUUACUAGUAUGCUUCAUAGAUGAUUUUCCAGUUAGUCUCUAGUGAAAAGGUAGAUAACAAAGACUUUGGGAGGAAAGGAGGCACUUGUUCUAUUAUUGUCCAGAGAGCAGCUCUCAUAUACAGGAACUUUAAGGAUUCUACAAAGAAAGCUUGCUCUAUUUUACAUGAAAUGACUUACAAGCUCAGGUUAAUUCUAUGGCUUGUGAGAACCAACAAAUUAGUGUGAGGUGAUUUUAAAUCAAAAUUUAAUCCACCCCUUUAAACCCAUAUCUACUCAAACCUACCUCUAAAACCAGAAUCAACAGGACAAUUGGGUGUUGUAGGAACAUGGACAAUUAGGUGUUAAGAGUACAGCAAGUAGGUUCCCUGCACUCUCAUAGCACCCAAUUGUUUUUAGCCCCUUUUCAAACAGAUGCUCUCUACAAGGUACUUAUCACUACCCCGUGCCUCCCUCUUAUUUAUAUAAGGUGGUACUUUAGGCAUUAUUGUCCGAUUGAUGUUUACUAAACAUCAGACUUUGAAGUUAUCCUCGUCAUCGUCAUCGUUCUCCAUUGCUUUUCCUUCCAGCUUGAUACA